UUUUUAGCCCCACCUUACCCCGUAGUAAUUUUUCCUCCAUUCUCUACCACUUAGGUGUUUCAAGUCAUUAAUGGGUUGACUUCUCCAAUAUUUGCAAAAGUAUAAAUACGUCCUCCGGUUUCCCAGUUUUGUUUUCCCAUCAUCAUCUCAUCUCAAUAAAACAUCCACAAUGGGUUUAGAAGAUAACAAGCUCUUACAGAAAUACAUCAACUUCGGUGAGAAGAAGGCUGGGUCCACCACCAUGGGUAUCUUAGUCGGUCUUUUCGCCGCCUUCGGUGGUCUUCUUUUCGGUUACGACACUGGUACCAUUUCCGGUGUCAUGGCCAUGAAGUACGUCAAGCAACAAUUCCCUAAGGACGGCCAAGAGUUCAGUUCUUCCGAAUCCUCCCUUAUUGUCUCCAUUUUAUCCGUGGGUACUUUCUUCGGUGCUCUUGGUGCUCCUCUUGUCUCCGACAGAAUUGGUCGUAGAUGGACUUUGAUCAUUGCCACCUUGUUUGUGUUCAACCUCGGUGUUGUGUUGCAAACUGCUGCCACUGCUAUUCCUCUCUUGUGUGCUGGUAGAGCCAUUGCUGGUUUCGGUGUCGGUUUAAUUUCCGCUGUCAUUCCUUUGUACCAAGCUGAAACCGUUCCAAAGUGGAUCAGAGGUGCCGUCAUUUCUUGUUACCAAUGGACCAUCACCAUUGGUUUAUUCUUAGCAUCCCUUGUUAACCAAGGUACUCACAACAGAAACGAUUCCGGUUCUUACAGAAUCCCAAUCGCUAUCCAAUUCUUGUGGGCCCUCAUUUUGGGUGUCGGUAUGAUCGUCUUGCCAGAAACCCCAAGAUUCUUUGUCUCCAGAUCCAACGAAGAAGCCGCUAAGGACUCCUUGAGAAGAUUGAGAAAGCUCCCAAUCGACCACCCAGACUUGGUUGAAGAAUACGAAGACAUCAAGGCUGCUUACGAAUACGAAAUCCAAUUUGGUAAGGCCUCUUGGGUCCAAGUCUUCUCCACCAAGAACAGACAAUUGAAGAGAAUUGCUAUGGGUACCCUUAUGCAAGCUUUCCAACAAUUGACCGGUGUCAACUUCAUUUUCUACUUCGGUACCACUUUCUUCCAAAGAUCCGGUAUUAAGAACUCUUUCUUGACCUCCUUGGCCACCAACAUUGUCAACGUCGGUUGUACUGUUCCAGGUAUUGCUUUGGUUGAAAUCAUUGGUAGAAGAAAGUUGUUGUUGUCUGGUUCCGUUGUUAUGUGCAUUUCCCAAUUCAUUGUCGCCAUUGUCGGUGUCGCUGCUGGCUCCUCUUCCGCUGCUAACAAGUGUUUGGUUGCCUUCGUCUGUAUUUUCAUUGCUGCCUUCGCUGCCACCUGGGGUCCACUUGCCUGGGCUGUCUGUGCCGAAGCUUACCCAUUGAGAGUCAGACAAAAGUCCAUCUCUUUGUGUGUCGCUGCUAACUGGUUGCUUAACUGGGCCAUUGCUUACGCCACCCCAUACUUGGUCAACCCAGGUAAGGGUAACGCCAACUUGGGUGUCAAGGUCUUCUUCAUCUGGGGUGGAUGUAACGUCCUCGGUGGUCUUUUCACCUACUGUAUGGUUUACGAAUCCAAGGGUUUGACUUUGGAACAAGCCGACGAAAUGUGGAACACUGUCCCACACGCCUGGAACUCUCCAUCCUACGUUCCAGCCGAACACGCCUUCAGAGAUGCCAACCUUGCCAGAUCUCUCUCUUCUGUCGGUAAGGAAGAAGUCGUUUCCGAAGUUGAAGAAGUUUCCGCUUAGAUACAAAAGAAUCCUGAGAAGCAGUUUUCAGAUUCUGGACCCAAACUUGCAAAUAAUCGAUAAGUUUUGCGUCCCCUUUGUUAUUAAUGAUCGAUUUCCGAUUACGAUUACGAUAAGCUCACUUUAAUUCUUCCCUAUUCUACAUGAAUCUAUAAUUUAAUCUCUUUGGUAUAGUAUAUUAAUUUAU